AUGGAAGGGACCUACGUCCAACGCUCCGUCAGCCAUGGCUCGCUGCGCAGCAGUUACCGGUCUCGUUCUCGGCCUCCUGCCAGCCACUCGCUGCCUCAUCGACCUCUGAGAAGUGUCACCGAGAGCGCAGGCCUGCUGCCAUCCCCAGGUCCCCUCGAAAGCAUGCUCAAAACCACCACCGAGACGGGAGACAUCGGCAUAUUCACCAUCAAACCAAUUGCUCCCGCAGCCACCACCCAUCACUGCGCCAGGUCUAGACCAAGCAUUGACGCUAGCUCCAUCUUCAGGUCAGAGUCGCGCAGCAGCAUCAGGACCGAGAGGAAGAUUAGCCGUAGGAGGUACGGUUCUGAUCGAGAUACCAACUCAGAGAUCAUCUCAAUGUAUGGCUCCGAGAGCAAUCCAUCAUCUGGCCUCAGCCCGCGGUCUUCCAGAAUUAACCAAUUUCGGCGCUCGUACUCUCUCACUGCAACGGCUCCUCGACAGUUGUCACGCAAGGUAUCGUCACGGACUUUGCAAAGCCCACUGGGCAGCGGCAACCUGCAACGUCCACGUUCUCCUUUUCCCUACCCCACAAGAUUGAAGCGCCCUGGCGUGAGGCCGUCUUCGCCUGCUGUAACCGAGAACGGGCGCGUCGACUACAGUAGGAUGGUCGAGCUUGAUCGAAUUUCGUUUAGGACUGUCCACGGAUCGUACAUGCCAACUUACCCUAGAACUCGUCUUGCACCUCCUCUUUCGUUGCGCUCCGAUACAAAUCAGUCGAUGCCGUCUUUGCCGUAUGGCAACUCUAAAAUGGCACCGCUCAGCCAAGAUGGCCGCAGUCAAAGUCAUAGGGCACUCUUGAGCAGCCAAUGGAGCGGUGAACGAUCAGGUACCAUCCGGCGGCAAAACUCCACAGACCAAAGCUUGCGGUCAUCGAGCCUGACGUCAGUCAUCGACAUGUACUGCAAGCAGACGCCAAACUCAGGGUCGGCUCCCAUUCGCACACUCCGUCCGGCAGGCUCAUUUUACUAUGACUACACUGAAGGGUUUGAGACUCCGGAAACGACUGAUGCUGCUCCUACCACUGAGGCCAACACUCCGUUGGCACCCAUACCCAAGCGUGCUUCGAGUCUUGUCAAAGCUUUGGUACUCCGCGACGAGACUAAGGCCCGUCUCGACGCGGUGGUGGACAUAUCCGUGAAGGAUUCAAGCGAUUCGUCUGGAGACGACGGCCGAGGCGCAGCCCAAGGCGAUGCUGACUCGAAGGACAUUUCUCCGUCCCUGGCCCCUUUUUCUUUCGAAAAGCAUGGUAGUUCAGUUUCCCAUCCGAACGACGCUGACGGUGGAAAAGGAUAUUUCAACAUGAUGUCCCUUUUCGCAGAUGAUUCGGAUGCUAGCCAAAGCGAGCAUGCGCGCAAUUCAGCAAGGCAUGUACUCAAAGAUGAUGCCCAUGAACACAGCAUCAUCAAUGGGAAUGAACGGGAACAGACACGUGCAGAUGUUUCAACAACAAGAGGUCGCUUCGACUGUAUUCCUCCCCAAGACAAGGUCGCCAAAAGAUCUUCAGGUCAAGGAAAGCUACGUAAGUCUCCAAGUGCUCCAGCAGCCGUCAUGUCAACCUCGCGGCAAUCCACGUCGCAAGGUGGGCUCGCGGCCUUGCUCCGAUCGAGUGUUCGAAACUCUGUUGACCCUGGGCUUUCUGACUUGGCGGCACUGGUUUCAUCUUUUGAGCGCAUUGCCAAGUCCCCUUUCCUGAGGAAGGAAAAGGGGUGCUCUGGAAUGAUUGACGAUGCCAACUACGGCGAUUCAGAGUAUGCUGAUGAUUCCAAGGCGAAUGCGGAAGAACUCAUUAGUGCAACUCGUCAGAAUACUGACCAAAUUGACGCCAACAGCAAGGCUAUGGCUUUAAAGCCCUUCUUCAGAGGUCAUCGGAGGAACCAAGCGGUUGCGUGCAUUAGCACAAACACCCUUCGAUCCGAAACGCCCACAUCAACCAAGAGUGCGAAUGCAACCAUCUUCUGCCCCGAACCAAUUUCUCCAGCUCGCGAGCUCAGAGUCAGAAACAGCAUUCCCCAGCUCAUGAAGGCGUUGCCUUCUAUCCCCAACGAGUCGCCUUACAAGUCACCACAAGCGUCAAUCAGGUCUACAGACGACCUAGGCUUCCCGGUUGAGUUCUCCCCUUUCAAGCUUGAAAUUCUUGCGACUCCUCGAUCAAGUCCUAGGAUUACUCUCAAGUCAAACGUUGAGGAUCAUGAGUCUUUCAGGGCGAGCAUCGAGAUUGAGACAGAUUCUUUGGACCCAUCUACAGAUCAGCAAUCAGUCUCGAGUGAUAAGUCAAUCUCGAACGAGGUCAACAUAAGCAAAGAUGUGCCUGUUUCUUGUACACCUUAUGAGCAAAAGUUUGUGGAUAUCGGGUGCGCAGCCGAACCGCGAGGACCGACCCAAAGCCCUCGACUGAGAACAUCGCGUGAUCCGCUGGACAUGGUCGUGGAAGAGAAUCCGAGCGGCACUGUCAGACGAUAUCUGAGCUUCUCCAAAGAGAGACCUCUCAGCGACUUGGUGGAGGACCCGUCGGAAGGCAUCCAGGCUCAGGUGCAAGAUAGAAAACCUCGGGAUGGCCGAGUAUACCAGCGUAAGGGGAGACAGUUUCGCCUUGUGACGCCUAACGGGCGAGGCGCCAGAAGAGUAAACCGUCCGCCUUACUCUUCUGCAGAUACUAACUCUAGUGAUGGAUACUUACAUGAGCGUUACAUACCUCUGGCUCACCCGGUCGACGAGAACCUGAGGCCAAGCAGCUCGAUCGAGGGUUACGAUUUGAGUGAUACACGCAGCUUCAGCUCUGACCUGAGCUUCAUUCGCCCAAAGAUUAUUCGCAAGAAGCUUUCGCACCUGAAGAUUCGCAUGGCCAGAUCACGUCUCAACCUGAGGGGCAGGAACAUUGGUUCAACGGAUUCUGACGCCACCAAUCGAUUGCGAGUUCAACCGGGUGUAUCAGCACCUGGCCAGUCCAAGAAAGUGGGCAAAAGAAUGAAAGGGUGGUUCAGACGAGCUGUCCACAUCAUCAUCAGGAGGCGGUGA